GUCACCUCCGAGAAGAUGAUGGGGUUCACCAGAAGUUAUCUCGUGAGCUUAUUCCUCUACAUCUCCAUUGUCAACGAGAUUCGCCAGCCUGCGGUGACAUGUCAAGACGAAGAAGGCAGCCAAUGCAUACCAAAGAAGAUCUUCCUGACGUUGUUGCGUUUACCGGAAGUCAAUUCAAAUCUGGCAGCAUAUUCGAGGACGGCGAGGAUAAUUCAGGAGGCGAAAAAUCAUAACGACAUGGCUCAUCUGAAAGCUCUUAGUUCCGAGGAAAGUGAUGACGCUGAAAUCUGUAUACCUAGUGAUAUCUAUCUGGAGCUCCUCAGGGAUCUUGCGAUUCGUGGACAUCUCGUAGCACGGGAUUUGAUUCCCGAAUCGGAAAAACGCAGUCUUGCUACUUUGGCCAAAAACGAUGAUCUACCAUUUAUCGUACAGGAGCGCGAGGAUGAUGGCGAUGACGAGGAAAAAAGGAAUAUCAAUAUACCUAGUGAUAAUCUAGAGGAGCUAGUGCGUGCAUCGAUGGGCGACGAGUAUCGUCGACGAAUACCCGGGAUCUACGAUUACCAAGUUGAGCUGGACCCAGAAUUGAUCGAGUAUCCGUUAGACAAACGUAACGUCGGCGCUUUGGCGCGGGACUUUGCAUUACCCACGGGUAGACGUCACAUCGGCUCGGUGCUUCGCGAUUACAGUACGAUGAGCGGCAAGAGAAACAUCGGUUCUCUGGCCAGGGAGAGCAUGCUGCCUAUAAGCGGUAAAAGAAACGUCGCUUCUCUGGCGAGAGACUCCAUGCUGCCGCAGAAUGGUAAGAGAAACGUCGCCGCGCUAGCCAGGGAUUCCUCUCUGCCCUACGGUAAGCGAUAUCUCGGUGCGUUGGUCCGAAAUGGCGGUUAUCCGGUCCGUGGAUACGACGAGGGCAAGCGCAACAUUGCAUCAUUGGCUAGAAAUGCUGACUGGUCCGGUUUUAUGAAACGAGGCGGCACCGCGGGUGCAGGCAGGAUGAUCGCUCGAGUGCUCAACCGUCACGGGAGAUCCUUGAAUGAUCACGAGACAUCCAGUGAGCCCUUGGACCUCCAGCAACUUAUCAAACAAGAUCACAACGAGAAUGAUGCUAAAGCGAACGUUGCCGGGGAUUGGCCCACACUCUUCAGCAUCUCGGAGGAGCUAGACGACAGCAGGGCGAAGAACAGAUCAAAUAGAAGGAUGGACGCAACGACUUCACAAACGAGGCACAAACGACAGAUCGACUUUUCCGAUGAGUAUCCGCUGCCUGUCGUGCAGAAUACUAACAUACUCGAUUAUGAGGACAUCGAGACACUCGCUGAUCAUUAUCCGAAUGCGGAGAAGAGGUUCCUGGGUUCCUCGCCGGAGAUGCCGGCCGACUCGGGCUACACUGAAGUAUUGCAACCAAGUAAGAGACAUAUCGGAGCCCUCGCACGCCUCGGCUGGCUCCCGUCGUUCCGUGCAUCACGAUUCUCUCGGUCACCGCGAUAUCUGGUCGAAAGGGAGGAUCCCGCAGAUGGGUCCUCGUCCAACUACACCCCCCUCGCGUCAGCUAAGACUCGGUCGCUAAGACCGUUCAUCCCGAAAACCCGCUACCUGCAGUCCCUGCAUCGCCUGCACGGAGAUUGUCGACAUGGCUUCAAGAGGUUCCUGUUACCGGACAUCGAUAACUUCCUGCGAACGUCAAACUCUCGCAUCGUGUCCCAUUCUAUGUAAAAACCCUCGCCUCGCCUCUCUGUUCGUCCAGGGCGACGAUACCGUACAAAUUACGUUAUAUAUUGGACUCACACGUUUUACUCAGCGAAUCGUAAGGGGAGUGAGAGGAAACGGAUGUAAAUAUUCGGAUCUUGUGUCUGACGUUCUUCCUUAUUGGCCAUUGAUUAUCCCUUGUCAACGGUAGAUAUCUACGAAUAUAUAUGUCUCGACCAUUAAUGAUCUCUUAAGUAAUCCAGCGAAUUAAAAUAAUAAUAUUA